CUUUUCAAGGUAUAUCAGGAACGGUUCAUAUAGACGAAAAUGGAGAUAGAGUGGCAGAUUAUUCACUCUUAGAUAUGAACACAGAGACAGGAGACUUUCAGGUUAUUGCAAAUUAUGCUGGACUAUCGAAGCGUUUCGAGUAUAUACCAGAUAAAGUUAUACAAUGGCCAGGGAAUUACAAGCAUGCCCCUCCUGACACACCGAAAUGUGGCUUUGACAAUUCCAAGUGUCCACCUGAAGGUGGACACGAAGAUGCCUCUGCAGAUAAAUCAACAGAAAGAGAAGCCGAGGAACAUUUUCAGACUUUGCAAGAAACUCUGACAACGAUUUCUGCUUCAAUCAAAGAGCACAAUACAAGCUUGACUGAGAUGGCUCAACUUAUUCAAGAACAAAGGCGUAUAAAUAUGCUGUCUUCAAUGAAAUGCGAACCGAUAUUGCCAGAUAAGACAUUGGAAAGCAUUGAUUGCACGGAUAUACUAAGCAAUGGUUACACGUCUUCUGGAAUUUACAAAAUUGAUCCAACAGGAAGUCAAACUGGAUACAAAGUACUGUGUGACCUGGAAACAGACGGAGGUGGUUGGACCGUGUUCCAGUUGAGAGAAAAUUUGACCUACGAUUUUUAUAGGACAUGGGUUGAGUAUGAAUAUGGAUUCGGAGAGGUUUAUCCUAGUAGUACCUUGAAUUUCUGGUUGGGGCUAACUCAGAUGCAUCAAAUAACGUCACAAGGUACGUACGAGCUGAGAAUUGACAUAGAGAAUGUUAAAAAUGGCAAGGCCGUCGCACUAUAUAACGAUUUGAAUAUAGGUAAUGCUACGUCGGGCUAUACAAUCUCAGUGGGGUCUUUUAGUUAUGACCCAUAUUUGAAUUUUCCUGGUGAUGCUUUGACGAGCGUGACAAACAUGAAAUUUUCAACACAUGGCAUGGACAAUGACAUAGAUGAUAACGUGAACUGUGCCGACUAUUGUCAAGGUGCUUGGUGGUACAAGUCAUGUGAGCAAGAAAAUCUUAGUUCGAAUCUAAAUGGAGAUGUUAGUUCAAGAGUAUGUCGUCAUCUUUGGGCAAGUUACAGUGACGUGCAAAUAUCCAAAACUAGGAUGAUGCUAAGGCGAAUACAAUAGUGAUAGUGUAAUUGUGUACAUUUGACAGUGCUACAUAAUCACAGUAUUUGACAGAUCAGUAUUGCUGGGUCUCUGUCGGAUUUUAUAUUCUAGCCAGGCCCCAUAUAUUAUACUUACAAUAAAGCUUCACAGUGUCACAGGUUUAAAGCUGUGUAUCAUUUCCAUGGAAUGGACUUGGUCAAAGAUACUUUCAAAAUAAUGUUUAUUUUUAACUUACUUCACAUUCGGGUAGCAAAAUCAUCCAUUUUUCACCUGUUUCUUUCAAAAUAAUUGUGAUCAAAUUCUGAUAAAACUGUUGCCUUUAAACUUUAUACACCUGUUUACAAUCAAGUUAUGUUUAAUCUGUUGGUUUGUUUAGUUAAUGCUUACAAAAUAUUAAAUAUAAGAAUAGU